AAAACAUAAAGAAAAAAACAAAAACACCAAUUAAGCUUUUCUUCACCAUGGAGAAACAAACAAAUGGAGAAACAAGAACAAGUGAUGAAGAAAAAAAUCAAGAAUCUCAUGAAGCCCAAGCAAAUAUGUGGAAGUUUGUGUUUGGUUUCUCAGAAAUAGCUGUGAUUAAAUGUGCCAUUGAGUUAGGAAUUGCUGAUUUUUUGGAAAAAAAUCAAGAACCUGUUAGUCUAAAUCAACUAUCUAUUGCACUUGGUUGUUGCUCCAUUUCCCUCUAUCGUAUCCUAAGGUUCUUGAUCAACCGUGGAAUAUUCAAGGAGACAUUACCCGAAAAUGGCAAAAUUAGUUAUGUUCAAACACCUCUUUCCCGCCUUCUCAUUAAAGAAGGCGGGAAUAGCAUGGCUACUUUUCUGCUAUUCGAAAGCAACCCUGUGAUGCUGGCACCGUGGCACAAUCUUAGCGCACGUAUUUUGUCAAAGGACAAUAGUACACCCGCCUUUGAUGCAGUGCAUGGAAAGAAUAUCUGGAAAUUUGCAGAAGCUGAUCCCGAACACAAUAACCUCUUAAAUAAUGCAAUGGCUUGCGAUGCUAGGAUGGCAGUACCGGCAAUUAUCGACGGUUGCCCCAAAAUAUUCGAGGGGGUGAACACGAUGGUUGAUGUUGGUGGUGGUGAUGGAACAACUCUCAAAUUAUUGGUGGAGGCUUUUCCUUGGAUUAAUGGGAUUAAUUUUGAUCUCCCUCAUGUUGCUUCUGUUGCUCCUCAUGCUAUUGGUGUUGUACAUGUUGGAGGUGACAUGUUUAAUUAUGUUCCCAAAGCUGAUGCUGCAUUCCUCAAGUGGGUUUUGCAUGAUUGGGGAGAUGAAGAAUGCAUACAAAUAUUAAUAAAGUGUAGAGAAGCAAUUCCAAAAGACAAAGGGAAAGUGAUAAUUGUUGAGGCAAUAAUUGGUGAAAAAGAAGAAAUUAUUACAAGAGGGUCAAAUAAUGAGAAGCUCAAAGAUGUUGCUUUAAUGUUGGAUAUGGUGAUGAUGGCUCACACAACCAAUGGUAAAGAGAGGACUGCUAAAGAAUGGGCUUAUGUUUUGAAUGCUGCUGGAUUCAAUAGACACACUAUUAGUCACAUUAAUGCUGUUCAGUCUGUUAUUCAAGCUUAUCCUUCUUGAUUUUUAGUAUUUUUGAAGGUAGAUUCAAAAUGUAAACUUUGUCGGUUCAUUUUUAAGGUUUUUAAUUAUCAUUGAAUUCGAUGUACUUUUAAAAUUAUGAAUUCAAAUUUAUUACUUGUUGCAAUAACAUAUCUGUUGUAGUGAUUCCACAAGUGGAGUCCGUUCAAUAUGUUAUUCAAGCUAAUCCUUCUUGA